AGAACUGGGCUCCUGAUGAUAACAUUUGCACUGGCAAGCUCACUUGGAGGGCUGCUAGGUGGAAAGAUGGGGGAUCACUUUGCUACUCGCUUCCCGAAUUCCGGCCGAAUAGUCCUGUCGCAGAUAAGCUAAGCUUCUGCUAUUCCGUUGGCUGCUCUGUUGCUUUUGGGGCUCCCUGAUAACUCUUUUGGUUCCUUGCAUGGACUUGUCAUGUUUAUCAUGGGUCUGAGCAUCUCCUGGAAUGGUCCUGCAACUAACAAGCAACCCGAUAUUUGCUAAGAUUGUACCUGAGAGGUCAAGGACAAGCAUCUAUGCAUUGGACUGUUCUUUUGAGUCAGUUCUAGCUUCAUUCGCUCCACCAGUUGUUGGGUUUCUAGCCGAGCAUGUCUAUGGGUACAAUCCCGUCCCCUACGGAGCUGCAGAUAACAAUGUUGGCAGGGAUAAAUCAAAUGUUGGCGCCCUAGCCAAAGCUUUGUACACGUCGAUCGCCAUCCCUAUGCUGCUUCAUCUACUCCCUGUUGUACCGGACGUACCCACGAGACAGGGAGAGGGCAAGGAUGGACUCUCUGAUCGCUCCAGAGCUCCAGCAGAUUGAACU